AUGCCCCAACAACGACAGAUCUUCACAGAGAAAGUGGUGAGGAUGAAGGUCACUGUGUUAUAUGUCAGCCUUUCCGCUCUGAGAGUCCUUCCCAACAGAUCCCAGUUCUUUCAGUACGAGUCUGUCUCUCUGAGCUGUGGGCAGCAGGGAAUCUCUUCUGAAUGGAGCGUUAAGAGGAACACAUCCAAAGACAGAAAUGAAGAGUGUUUCAAAUUCUGGGGAAGAAAAAAUGAAUCCCACUGCUUCAUCGCUGACCUUUACCCUACAGACACUGGAGUGUACUGGUGUGAGUUUGCAGCAGGAGAGCGCAGUGAAGCCGUCAGCAUUACAGUGACCCGUGGCUUUGUGAUCCUGGACAGUCCUGUCCUUCCUGUGAUGGAGGGAAACAAUGUGACUCUGAGCUGCAGAAACAAGAAGUCCUCCUCCUCCAACCUCAUAGCUGAUUUCUAUAAAGAUGGGCUUCUCAUCAGGAGCAGCUCUACAGGAACCCUGACCAUCCACAGUGUCUCUAAAUCUGAUGAAGGACUCUACAAGUGCAACGUGUCAGGAGCUAAACAAUCAUCAGACAGCUGGCUGACUGUCAGAGGUGAAAACACAACUACUGAUUUAUUUUCCAACUAA